AUGUCACCUGGAGAGGUUGAGGCGCGAUCGCGGGACCGCCCGCGCUACAUUCACAUGGAAAUUAACGCCGCUAUAAAUCACGCGGCUGGCAGACUUUUCAUUCGCGGCCCGCCCACGGUCUGGCACUUGGCAAUAUUCGCCGUGACUGUUCGGAAAAAGAGCACCCUUCGAAAUCGUUUUCCGCCAUCUUUACUCCUGUGGUACGCUUUCGGUGGGAUGACGCGCGUCCAUCUGACGUCGACUCUCCGCUCCCGGGAAAAGUUGUGCGCGGGCUUACGUCCCGGAUUAGGGGCGCUGUUUGCCCCGGGUCGGGGCAGC